AAGAAUUUGUUAGUUUCAAAAACAUUAAAUGCACCAUUAAAGAUUAUUGGUGGAAAACAAAAGACAAAUGCAAAAUGUCGGAAAAUUAGGCUAGAAAAAUUGAUUAUAUGCUCACAGUUGCGGUCGAGUAUUGUAGAGAUUAAGUCGACGAAAGCAGCACGUUGCGUCGCAAGACCAACUGAUUACGCAAAAAUAAACUCAAUCCAAACGGUUUUGUGUGAAAAAGUGGAAUAUUUCAAAAGAAAAACUAAAUAAGUGAAAAUCAGCAAAUAAUUUCUGCAGUGUUUAAUCGAUAUUAAAGAUGCCCAAUCCAGCAGCUUUUACACCAUUAAUAACUGAUGCUCAACUCUCUAGCGUGACGUCAACGCCAGAAUUGGCACGACUGCUUGAUUUGCACUUGGGAAAAUAUCGUCAAAGUGAUCCUGCUUGGGAAGUGGCUGAGUCCGUUAUAUCAGGUCGCGGUAUAUUCGCACGUCGUGAUAUAGCCGCUUGCGAAGAAUUAUUCCGCGAACACACCUUACUAGUCGGUCCCACAGCGCACAAAAACACCAAACUGAAUACCUGCGUCAUAUGCUAUUGCCUCAUUGAAGGACCUGAAGUGCUCUGUUCAGCUGGUUGCUCACUGCCCGUUUGUAGAAUAUGUAGUCAAUCGGAACAGCAUGAAAAAGAAUGCAAACUUUUUCGCAAAUGGAUACCCAAAGACCUAACUCAAAUAAAUCCCUGUUCACUGCGGAUUUUAUCGACGAUUCGUUGUUUCUUCCUAGACGAAGAUCAACGCAAACUUUUGUAUGCAAUGCAGGCCAAUGCGGAUAAAUACUAUUUACGUGAAGUUGCUAACGCCUCCGCUUGCUUUAAAUAUUUUCCCAAAGAUCCUGAAAUGUUGGACUAUUUUCAUCGCACCAUCUGUGCUUUCAAUACAAAUGCGUUUGAAGGUCGCAGUAAAGUGAAUGGACAUGAAAUCAUGGUGCGCGCGCUCUUUCCAUUGGCUGGGCUAUUGAACCAUGAGUGCACACCGAAUGCUAGUCAUCAUUUCGAGAAUGCUGAGACAAUAGUGGUGACAUCAACGCGUGCAAUAGCUAAAGGGGAAGAAAUCACAACAUCAUACACCAAAGUUUUAUGGAGCAAUUUGGCGCGUAAACUAUUUUUAGGUUUGACUAAGCAUUUUACGUGUCACUGCAGGAGAUGUCAAGAUCCGACGUACUGUGAGGUGUGUGCAGCAACAGAAUUUCAGUUUGUUAAUCGUGCAAGGCAUAAAAUUUAG